AUGAAUCGUAUUAAUGAUUACGUCGACAACUUCCUGUCGGAUGGGGAGACCAUUACAGUAGAGGAAACAUUCCGCCUUGGCAAAGCAGAGCCAAGUCGUGAUUUAAGCUUAUCCCCAAGACUCCUUAAAGUUUUCUUGAAGAACGACGCCCAGGCAGCCCUCCUAGUAGAACGAAGAAUGGCCCUAAAGAACUCGCACAAAAUAAUAUUUUUUCAGCCGGACUACGACCCCAGAGAAAGAAUGAAAAUGCGGGAACUGAGAAGGGGCAUGAAGGAGAGGAUGAACAGAGGGGAGACUGGACUGAGAAUCAAGGAUGGGAUUAUAAUUCAGAUGAAGAAGACAUUUUGGUGGGGAACACCCGCCACAAUGAAGGCUGGAUCUCGCCAACACGACCAGCAAUAA